AUGGACAAAGAUGUAGUUUCAGCUAAGCUUUUCUUAAUUAUACCGCUAUUCAUGCCCCUUAUCCUUGCUAGUGGAGAACUUCUCGGUAUCUUUUGUCCCAAUGAUUUUAGAAAUUACACUCACAACAGCCCAUUUGAAAACAACCUCAAACAACUUCUUGAGUUAUUGCCUUCCAAUACUUCAGUAACAGGUUUCUAUAACACCUCUAUUGGGGAUGGAGAUUAUCAAGAUACUGUCUAUGGCCAAGCACUUUGUAGAGGGGAUGUCAAUUCCACAGUUUGUCAGAAUUGCAUACAGAAUGUAAGCCAGAAAAUCUUAACACAGUGUAAAAGUGAAGAUGGAAUGAUAUGGUUUGAACUUUGUCAAGUUCGCUACUCCUAUCAGAUGUUCUUCUCCUUGAUGGUUUAUCCUGGAAAGGAUGCAUAUUAUCUGAAAAAUCUGGAGCAAAAUUCAUCACAUCCUGUUUAUUAUAAUGAAGUCCUAACGUAUUUAAUCAAUAACAUCUCAACUGAGGCUUCCUUUGAUCCUUCUAAACGAAUGUUUGUUACUGGGGAAAUUAAAUUUUCAACGGUAACAAUUUAUGGUCUUGUUCAAUGUACUAGGGACAUGUCUGAAGAUAAGUGUCAUAGUUGUUUGCUGUCUGCCUUUGGAUAUUUUGAGACAUGCUGCUUUUCUCUUCGAGGUGGAACUUUGCUUAGUAGAAAUUGUAAUAUGAGGUUUGAGACGUACCAAUUCUACAGCGCCUCAAGUUUGAUAUUGACCUAUCCAAGUUUCGCAGAACACGGAGUUUUUAAAAGGAAGAAUCGGGUGGUGGUAGUGAUCACGUGUGUAUCACUGUUAGUUCUAGCAGUUCUCAGUGGGUCUUGUGCUGUUUAUCAUUGGCGGAAGAAGAGAACACAACCAGGCCCCACUAGAGUUGAGAUUACAGAAGAUGGUGAAUUGGUACCGGGUUCUGAAGAUCUCCGUUUCAUGAAUCUGUCCACUAUAAGGGCUGCUACAGAUGACUUUACAGAUUCGAAUAAGCUGGGACAAGGUGGGUUUGGCCCUGUCUACAAGCAAGCUUAA